AUGUACCAGGACAUUGCUCCCAAGACCUGCAGCCCUAAGCAGUUUGUAUGUAAGGACCAAGCGACCUGUAUCUCCAAAGGCUGGCGCUGCGAUGGGGAGAAUGACUGUCCUGAUGGAUCAGACGAGUCACCAGAUAUUUGUCUGCACAACAGAGUGAACCAGUGUCCUGUCAAUGAGCAUGGCUGCCUGGACCUGGAUGUAUGCAUUCACAUGAGCAGGCUGUGUGACGGAGUCCCUGACUGCAACGAUGGCUGGGAUGAGGGGCCUCAUUGCAGAGAACGAGCAUCAGACUGUGCCUCCCAUGGCUGCCAGUACCGCUGUUCUGUGACACACGAAGGGCCAAAGUGCUACUGCAACAAUGGCUACGAGGUGGCUUCAGAUGGCAAAACGUGUAAAGAUUUCAAUGAGUGCAGUGUGUACGGGACCUGCAGUCAGACAUGCACCAACACUGAAGGCUCCUACAUCUGCAGCUGUGUGGAGGGCUACCUGCUACAGCCUGACAACCGCUCCUGCAAGGCCAAAAAUGACCCGGUGGACCGACUGCCCAUGCUGUUAAUCGCUAACCUCCAUGACAUCCGCUGUACCUCCCUGAGCGGCUCCACCUCCCGGCUGCCCUCCAUUACCACAAAGCAAACGAUGGCCAUGGACUUCAUCUAUGCCCAGGAGACGGUCUGCUGGAUCGACGUGGGUGACACACCUGCUACCACCCAGCUCAAGUGCGCCAACAUCCCCGACCUAAAGACUGUCACCGACGUCCACACGAUCAACAUUUCCCUUAGCCUGCACCAUGUGGAGCAGAUGGCUAUUGACUGGCUGACCGGAAACUUCUACUUUGUGGAUGACGUGGACGACCGGGUGUUUGUCUGCAACAAGAAUGGACAGACAUGUGUAACCCUGCUGGACCAGGAGCUGUACAACCCUAAAGGCAUUGCCCUGGACCCAGCCAUGGGGAAAGUGUUCUUCACAGACUAUGGUUCUACACCGAGGGUGGAGCGCUGUGAUAUGGAUGGGCAGAACCGCACCAAGUUGGUGGACAGCAAGAUUGUGUUCCCCCAUGGUAUAACUCUGGAUCUUGUCAACCGGCUGGUGUACUGGGCUGACGCCUAUCUGGACUACAUUGAAGUGGUGGAUUACGAGGGCAAAAACCGGCACACCAUUAUCCAGGGGCUACUGACUGAGCAUCUGUAUGGACUGACUGUAUUUGAAAACUACCUUUAUGCCACUAACUCUGGCGAAGGCAACCUCAACCCCAAAACCAGUGUGAUCCGGGUGAAUCGCUUCAACAGCUCUGACUUCCAGGUGGUGACACGAGUAGACCGGGGUGCCGCCUUGCAUGUUUACCACCAGAGGCGCCAACCUCCAGUGCGCAGCCAUGCGUGUGCCCUGGAUCAGUUUGGGAAGGCUGGAGGCUGCUCUGACAUUUGUCUACUGGGAAACAGCCACAAAACUCGCACCUGCCGCUGUCGCUCUGGGUUCAGCCUGGGAAGCGAUGGCAAGUCCUGCAAGAAACCGGACCAUGAGUUGUUCUUGGUAUAUGGUAAGGGUCGUCCUGGCAUCAUUAGGGGGAUGGACAUGAAUGCCAAGGUACCCGAUGAAUACAUGAUUCCUAUUGAGAACCUCAUGAACCCCAGAGCGCUGGAUUUCCACGCUGCCAGUGAAUUCAUCUACUUUGCUGACGCUACCAGCUACAUCAUUGGCCGACAGAAGAUAGAUGGUACAGAGAGAGACACCAUACUGAAGGAAGGUAUCCACACAGUAGAGGGUAUAGCAGUGGACUGGAUGGGAGGUAAUCUGUAUUGGACAGAUGAUGGGCCUAAAAAGACCAUCAGUGUGGCCAGGCUAGAAAAGGCCUCACAGACUCGGAAGACACUCAUUGAGGGCAAGAUGACUCACCCCCGUGCUAUUGUUGUGGACCCCCUGCAUGGGUGGAUGUAUUGGACAGAUUGGGAGGAGGACCCCACAGAGAGUAACAGAGGGAAGAUCAAGAAGGCCUGGAUGGAUGGGUCCCACCACCAAGUGUUCCUUACCAGCAAGACGGUGCUGUGGCCCAAUGGCUUGAGUCUGGAUAUCCCCCUGGGUAUCCUUUAUUGGGUGGAUGCUUACUACGACCGCAUUGAAAUGGUUUACCUCAACAACACGCAGCGCAAGGUGGUAUAUGAGGGACAGGAACUCAACCACGCCUUUGGAUUGUGCCAUUACAAACAAUUUCUGUUUUGGAAUGAAUACCGUGGUGGCAGCAUCUACAAACUAGACCAGGUCACCAAGACUGUCACCUUAUUACGGAAUGAAAGGCCACCCAUCUUUGAAAUCAGAGUUUAUGAUGCACAUCAGCAGCAAGGUUCCAAUGCCUGUCGAGUCAACAAUGGGGGCUGUAGCAGUCUAUGCCUGGCUAUCCCUAAUGGCAGAUCCUGUGGCUGUGCUGAUGACCAAAUUCUGGACACUGAUAAUGUCACCUGCAAAGCCAACCCCUCCUAUGUGCCCCCACCCCAAUGCCAGCCAGGAGAAUUUGCCUGUAAGAACAACCGCUGCAUCCAAGAGCGCUGGAAAUGUGACGGGGACAAUGACUGUCUGGAUAACAGUGACGAGGCCCCGGAGCUCUGCCACCAGCACACCUGCCCUUCUGACCGAUUCAAAUGUCAGAACAACCGCUGUAUCCCCUUGCGCUGGCUGUGUGAUGGGGACAAUGACUGUGGUAAUGAUGAGGAUGAAUCCAACACCACCUGCUCUGCUCGCACAUGCCCACCAAACCAGUAUCCCUGUGCUAGUGGCCGUUGCAUCCCCAUAUCCUGGACCUGUGACCUGGAUGAUGACUGUGGAGAUCGCUCCGAUGAACCAGAUUCUUGUGCCUACCCAACCUGCUUCCCUCUAACCCAGUUUACCUGUGCAAAUGGGCGCUGCAUCAAUGUUAAUUGGCGCUGUGAUAAUGACAAUGACUGUGGGGACAACAGUGAUGAAGCAGGCUGCAGCCACUCCUGUUCCAGUGUUCAGUUCAAAUGCAACAGUGGCCGCUGUAUUCCUGAGUACUGGACAUGUGACGGAGACAAUGACUGUGGAGACUACAGCGAUGAGACACACGCCAACUGUACCAACCAGGCCACCCGACCUCCUGGCGGCUGCCAUGUUGAUGAGUUCCAGUGUCGAAUGGACGGCUUGUGCAUCCCCAUGCGCUGGCGCUGUGACGGGGACACUGACUGUAUGGACCUGAGUGAUGAGAACAACUGCGAGGGUGUCACUCACAUGUGUGACCCAGCAGUCAAGUUCAGCUGCAGGGACUCUGCCCGCUGCAUCAGCAAGGCCUGGGUGUGUGAUGGGGACAGCGACUGUGAGGACAACUCGGAUGAGGAUAACUGCGAGGCGCUGGUGUGUAAGCUGUCUCACCACGUUUGUGCCACCAACGACUCCAUCUGCCUACCUGCCGAGAAGCUGUGUGAUGGCACUGACGACUGUCCUGAUGGCUCUGAUGAGAAACUUUGUGACCUGUGUUCACUGGACAACGGUGGAUGUAGCCAUAACUGCAGCAUCAUCCCAGGGGAGGGCUUCAUGUGCUCCUGCCCCCUGGGCAUGGAGCUGGGAGCAGACAACAAGACCUGCCAAAUCCAAAGCUUCUGCGCCAAACACCUCAAAUGCAGCCAGAGGUGCGAGCAAGAGAAGGCCAGCGUCAAGUGUUCCUGCUAUGAAGGCUGGGAGCUGGAGUCUGACAUGGAGAGCUGCAAGAGCACUGAUCCCUUCAAGCCUUUUAUCAUCUUCUCCAACCGCCACGAGAUCAGGAGGAUUGAGCUCCACAAAGGGGAGUUCAGUGUGCUCGUACCAGGCCUGAGGAACACCAUCGCCCUGGACUUCCACCUCAACCAGAGCACCCUGUACUGGACUGACGUGGUGGAAGACAAGAUCUACCGUGGCAAACUGUCUGAAAAUGGAGCCUUGACCAGUUUUGAGGUGGUGAUCCAAUAUGGCCUGGCCACUCCUGAGGGCUUGGCUGUGGACUGGAUAGCAGGAAACAUCUACUGGGUGGAGAGCAAUCUGGACCAGAUCGAGGUGGCCAAGCUGGAUGGGACCAUGAGAACUACCUUGCUGGCAGGGGAAGUGGAGCACCCAAGAGCUAUUGCCCUGGACCCCCGUGAUGGCAUUCUAUUCUGGACAGACUGGGAUGCCAGUCUGCCCAGGAUUGAGGCAGCAUCUAUGAGUGGUGAGGGUAGACGCACUAUACACAGGGAGACAGGCAGUGGUGGCUGGCCAAAUGGUCUCACUGUAGACUACAUGGAGAGACGCAUUGUCUGGAUUGAUGCCAGGUCAGAUGCUAUCUAUUCUGCCCUGUACGAUGGCUCAGGGCUAAUUGAAGUUCUGCGAGGUCAUGAGUACCUGUCCCACCCUUUCGCCGUCACCAUGUAUGGUGGUGAGGUCUACUGGACCGACUGGAGGACCAACACCUUGGCCAAGGCCAACAAAUGGACAGGAAACAAUGUGACUGUUGUCCAGCGUACCAACACACAACCCUUUGAUCUUCAGGUCUACCACCCCUCCAGACAACCCCAGGCUCCCAACCCAUGUGCCACUAGUGAUGGGAAGGGCCCCUGCUCCCACCUGUGUCUCAUCAACUUCAACCAGACUUUCUCUUGUGCCUGCCCACACCUCAUGAAGCUGCAGCCUGACAAACGCACCUGCAAAGAGUCCCGCAAGUUCCUCCUGUAUGCUCGUCAGAUUGAGAUCCGAGGGGUGGACAUUGACAACCCCUAUUACAACUACAUCAUCUCCUUUACCGUGCCGGACAUAGACAACGUGACAGUGGUAGACUAUGAUGCUGUGGAGCAUCGUAUCUACUGGUCAGAUGUCCGUACUCAGACCAUCAAGAGAGCCUUCAUCAACGGCACCGGGGUAGAGACUGUGGUUUCAGCUGAUCUCCCCAAUGCUCAUGGCCUAGCAGUAGACUGGGUAUCUAGGAACCUCUUCUGGACAAGUUAUGAUGCCAAUAAGAAGCAGAUCAACGUGGCCAGGCUGGAUGGCUCCUUUAAGAAUGCUGUCAUUCAGGGCCUGGACAAGCCACAUUGUCUUGUGCUGCACCCACUACUGGGCAAGCUGUACUGGACAGAUGGAGACAACAUCAGUAUGGCCAACAUGGAUGGUAGCAACCACACCACACUCUUCACCAAUCAGAAAUCCCCAGUAGGCCUCUCCAUUGACUAUGAAAAUGAGCAACUGUACUGGAUCAGCUCAGGGAACAGCACCAUCAACCGAUGCAAGAUGGAUGGGUCUGGACUGGAGGUUCUGGAAAAGGUUAAGGGCAAAUUAACAAAGGCCACUGCUCUGGCCAUUAUGGGAGAUAAGCUUUGGUGGGCAGACCAGGGAACAGACCAAAUAGGAAACUGUGACAAGAUGGACGGAGGAAACUGGAAGGUGCAGCGCAACCACACUUCCCCUAUGAUGCAUAUGAGGAUCUAUGAUGAGGAUGUGCAAAAAGCGGGUGUCAACCUGUGCAGUAACAACAACGGAGACUGCUCCCAACUGUGUCUUCCCACCUCCCCUACCACCAGGGCCUGUAUGUGUACCGCAGGAUACAGCCUCAAGACUGGACAGCAGUCUUGUGAGGGAAUGGGCUCCUUCCUUCUUUACUCUGUACAUGAGGGAAUUAGAGGAAUUCCACUGGAUCCAUCAGACAAGUCUGAUGCCCUGGUGCCCGUCUCUGGCACCUCUCUGGCUGUUGGAAUUGACUUCCAUGCUGAGAAUGACACUAUCUACUGGGUGGACAUGGGCCUGAGCACCAUCAGCAGAGCCAAGAGAGACCAAACCUGGAGAGAGGAUGUAGUUACCAAUGGCAUUGGCAGAGUGGAAGGCAUCACUGUUGACUGGAUAGCAGGGAACAUAUACUGGACUGAUCAGGGUUUCGAUGUGAUUGAGGUGGCCAGACUGAAUGGCUCUUUCCGCUAUGUGGUGAUUUCCCAGGGCCUGGAUAAGCCCCGAGCUAUCACUGUCCACCCAGUGAAAGGGUAUCUGUUCUGGACUGAGUGGGGUCAAUACCCACGUAUUGAGCGAUCUCGGCUAGAUGGCUCUCAGAGGUUGGUCUUGGUCAAUGUUAGCAUCAGCUGGCCCAACGGGAUCUCCAUUGACUACGAGGCGGGUCUGUUGUACUGGUGUGAUGCUAGGACUGACAAGAUUGAACGCAUCAACUUGGAGACUGGAGAAAACAGGGAGCUAGUGCUGGCUAACAACAACAUGGAUAUGUUUGCUGUGUCUGUCUUUGAGGAGUACAUCUACUGGAGUGACAGGACUCAUGCAAACGGCUCCAUCAAGAGAGGCAGCAAAGAUAAUGCUACAGAUUCUGUCCAGCUCAGGACUGGCAUUGGCGUACAGCUGAAAGACAUCAAGGUUUUCAAUAGAGCUAGACAGCAAGGCACCAACAUCUGCAAAAACAACAAUGGUGGCUGUGAGCAGCUGUGUCUUUUUCGUGGCAAUGGGGAGCGCACCUGUGCCUGUGCCCAUGGCAUGCUGGCAGAGGACAACAGCAGCUGCCGAGACUAUGAUGGCUACCUGCUGUAUUCGGAGCGCACCAUACUGAAAAGCAUCCAUCUGUCGGACGAGACCAAUUUGAAUGCACCCAUCAAGCCCUUCGAGGACCCUGACCACAUGAAGAAUGUCAUUGCCCUCAGCUUUGACUACCACGGUGGCGGAGGGAAGGGAGCCAACCGUAUCUUCUUCAGUGACAUCCACUUUGGCAACAUCCAGCAAAUCAAUGACGACGGCACAGACCGCAAGAUAGUUGUGGACAGUGUGGGGUCAGUGGAGGGCCUGGCGUAUCAUCGUGGUUGGGAUACUCUGUACUGGACCAGCUACACCACUUCUACUAUCACGCGGCACACUGUGGACCAGAGCCGUACUGUGGCCUAUAAUCGCAACACUGUGGUCACCAUGUCUGGCGACGACCACCCUAGAGCCUUUGUGCUGGAUGAGUGUCAGGAUCUCAUGUUUUGGACCAACUGGAACGAGCAGGCUCCCAGUAUUAUGAGAGCCUCUCUGAAUGGAGCCAACGUGUUGGUCAUUAUUGGCAGCGACAUCAAAACUCCCAAUGGCUUGGCCAUUGACCACCGUGCUGAAAAACUCUACUUUUCUGAUGCCACGCUAGACAAGAUUGAACGAUGCGAGUAUGAUGGCAGCAACCGUUAUGUGCUGUUGAAGAAUGAGCCUGUCCACCCAUUUGGCCUGGCCGUGUAUGGAGACUACAUCUUCUGGACUGACUGGGUGAGGAGGGCUGUCUUAAGGGCUGACAAGUACACAGGAGGAGAUAUGAAGGUCCUGCGUGCUGACAUCCCUCAGCAGCCAAUGGGCAUCAUUGCUGUGGCUAAUGACACCAACAGCUGUGAGUUCUCGCCUUGCCGAACAAAUAACGGAGGUUGCCAGGACCUUUGUCUGCCCACAUCCGAUGGACGGGUCAAUUGCAGUUGCCGUGGAGACAGGCGACUUCUGGAGGACAACACCUGCUCCGCUUUGAACAUGUCUUGUGGCAGUGUGGAUGACUUUGAGUGUGGCAAUGGGGACUGUAUUAACUACAGCCUGACCUGUGACGGCAUGGCCCACUGCAAGGACAAGUCUGAUGAGAAGCAAUCCUACUGUGCUAAUCGCCUUUGUAAGAAAGGCUAUAGGCGCUGCAUCAAUGGCCGCUGUAUUGGCCACCAGUUCUGGUGUGAUGGCACAGAUGACUGCGGUGACCACUCUGAUGAACUGCCCUGCAAUAUGACCCUGUGCAAACCAGGAGAGUUUCAGUGCAAAGAUGGAAGUUGUAUCUCCAACUUCAGCCGUUGUGACCAGGUGGUAAACUGUGAGGAUGCUAGCGAUGAAAUGAACUGCCAAUCCACUGACUGCUCCCGUUUCUUCCGUCUGGGGGUGAAGAAAGCUUCUUUCCAGAGUUGUGAGAAAACCACCCUGUGUUACCUGCCCUCCUGGGUCUGUGAUGGCAAUAACGAUUGUGGAGACUUCUCAGAUGAGAGGAACUGCCCAGAUAAGAGGAAGCUUAAGUGUCCAAUCAACUUCUUUGCCUGCCCCAGUGGUCGCUGCAUCCCAAUGAGCUGGUCCUGUGACAAGGAGAAUGACUGUGAGAAUGGAGCCGAUGAGACACACUGUGACAAGUUCUGCACAUCCACACAGUUUGAGUGUGGGAACCACCGCUGUAUCUCCAGCCACUGGGUGUGUGACGGCUCUGAUGACUGUGGUGACGGCUCUGAUGAGGACCAGAGAUGCAAAUCCAAGACCUGCAGUCCUGAGGCAUUCCAGUGUCCGGGCUCUCAUAUGUGUGUACCACAGCGCUGGAAAUGUGAUGGGGACAAGGAUUGUCCCGAUGGAGCAGAUGAGAGCGUCAAGGCUGGCUGCAUGUACACCAACAACACUUGUGAUGUCAACAAUGAGUUUAUGUGCCAGAACAGACAGUGCAUCCCCAAGCACUUUAUGUGCGAUCAUGACAUUGACUGCUCCGAUGGCUCAGAUGAGUCCCCAGAAUGUGAAUACCCAACAUGUGGUCCUGAUGAGUUUCGCUGUGCCAAUGGCCGCUGCCUCAACCAGAAGAGCUGGGAGUGUGAUGGAGAGUUUGACUGUCAGGACCGUUCUGAUGAAGCCCCCAAGAAUCCCCGUUGUACUGGCUCGGAGAGGAAAUGUAAUGAAUCAGCUUUUAUGUGCCGUAAUGGGAAGUGCUUGAACGAGACUCUGCUGUGUGACCGCAAUGAUGACUGUGGUGAUGGCUCUGAUGAACUUAACUGCUUCAUCAAUGAGUGUCUGAACAGCAAGCUAAGUGGAUGCUCGCAGCUCUGUGAUGACCUCAAGAUUGGCUUUAAGUGCAGGUGUUAUUCUGGUUUCCAACUGAAGCGGGAUGGCAAGACAUGUGUGGAUAUAGAUGAGUGCACAACCAGCUACCCUUGUACUCAGCGCUGCCUCAAUACAUAUGGCAGCUUCCGCUGUCUCUGUGUGGAUGGCUUUGAACUCAGCCCAAAUGACCCCACCAUCUGCAAGUCCACAUCAGAAGAGGAGCCAUACCUGAUCUUUGCCAACCGUUACUAUUUGAGAAAACUCAACCUAGAUGGCUCAAACUACACUCUUAUUAAACAGGGGCUAAAUAAUGCUGUGGCGCUAGACUUCCAUUACGCAGAGCAUAUGAUCUACUGGACAGAUGUGACGACUCAGGGCAGCAUGAUACGACGUAUGCACAUGAACGGCAGCAAUGUGGCGGUGUUACACCGCACUUCCCUCAGUAACCCAGAUGGCUUGGCAGUUGACUGGGUCGGAGGUAACCUGUACUGGUGUGAUAAAGGCCGGGACACUAUCGAGGUGUCCAAGCUCAAUGGGGCCUACCGGACGGUGCUGGUUAACUCUGGUCUGAGGGAACCACGUGCUGUGGCUGUGGACGUUCGCUAUGGAUACCUGUACUGGUCUGAUUGGGGUGACAACCCCCACAUCGGGAGGAUAGGCAUGGAUGGUACCAAUCGUAGUGUGAUUGUGAGUGAUAAGAUCACAUGGCCCAAUGGCCUCACCCUUGACUUCAUCAAUGACCGCAUCUACUGGGCCGAUGCCAGGGAGGAUUACAUCGAGUUUGCUAGCUUGGAUGGGUCCAACAGACACACAGUUCUUACCCAAGACAUCCCCCAUAUCUUUGCCAUGACUCUCUUUGAGGAGUACAUCUACUGGACAGACUGGGAGACCAAGUCCAUCAACAGAGCUCAUAAGACCCUGGGAACCAACAAGACUACACUCAUAAGCACCCUGCACCGGCCCAUGGAUAUCCACAUCUACCAUCCCUACCGCCAGCCUCCAGUGCUCAACCACCCAUGUCAGACAAACAACGGGGGAUGCAGUAACCUGUGCCUGCUCUCCCCUGGGGGGGGCUACAAGUGUGCUUGUCCCACUAAUUUCUACCUGGCGAACGAUCAGCGCACCUGCAUGUCCAACUGUACCGCUAGCCAGUUUGUGUGCAAGAAUGACAAGUGCAUCCCCUUCUGGUGGAAAUGUGACACGGAGGAUGAUUGUGGUGACCGGUCGGAUGAACCAGAGGACUGCCCGGAGUUCAAAUGCAGGCCGGGGCAGUUUCAGUGCGGAACGGGCAUCUGCACCAACCCUGCCUACAUCUGCGAUGGAGAUAAUGACUGCCAGGACAACUCUGACGAAGCCAACUGCGAUAUCCAUGUGUGUCUGCCCAGCCAGUUCAAAUGUUCCCACCCCAGUCGCUGCAUCCCAGGCAUAUUCCGCUGUAACGGCCAGGACAACUGUGGAGAAGGGGAGGAUGAGAAAGACUGCCCUGAGGUUACAUGCGCCCCAACCCAGUUCCAGUGUGCCAUCACGAAACGCUGCAUCCCACGAGUCUGGGUGUGUGACCGAGAUAAUGACUGUGUUGACGGAUCCGAUGAACCUGCCAACUGCACCCAGAUGACCUGUGGUGUGGACGAGUUCCGCUGCAAAGACUCCGGACGCUGCAUUCCAGCUCGCUGGAAGUGCGAUGGCGAAGACGACUGCGGUGACUCAUCUGACGAGCCAAAAGAAGAGUGUGCUGAGAGGACGUGUGAGCCUUACCAGUUCAGAUGCAAGAACAACCGCUGUGUGCCGGGCCGAUGGCAGUGUGACUAUGACAAUGACUGUGGGGACAACUCUGAUGAAGACAAGUGUGUCCCACGGCAAUGCUCAGAGAGUGAGGUUGCCUGCACCAACGGUCGCUGUAUUGCUGGGAGGUGGAAGUGCGAUGGAGACCAUGACUGUGCUGAUGGAUCAGACGAGCAUGGCUGUGAUCUGAAGUGUGACAAUGACCAGUUCCAGUGUAAGAACGGACACUGUAUCCCCAUCCGCUGGCGCUGUGACACAGAUGCUGACUGCUUGGACGGCAGUGAUGAGGAGAAGUGCGGCAGUGCUGCUGGGCGACACUGCCCUCUGGAUGAGUUCCAGUGUAACAACACGUUGUGUAAGCCCCUGGCCUGGAAGUGUGACGGGGAAGACGACUGUGGAGACAAUUCUGACGAGAACCCAGAGGAGUGCAGGAAGUUCCAGUGCCCACCCACCAGGGCUUUCCGUUGCCAGAAUGACCGCGUAUGUCUGCAAGUGUCCAAGAGAUGUGAUGGUGUCAAAAACUGUGGUGGCGGCUCAGAUGAACUAAACUGCCCGGUCCCUCCAACUGUACCCACAUGUGAGAAGGAUGAGUUCCCGUGUGCCAAUGGCAAAUGCAUCAGCUCCACCCUCCGUUGUAACUUCUUCAACAACUGUGAGGACUAUGGCUCUGAUGAAAUCAACUGCAAGACGGACACCAAGCUUAAUGACUGUAGGAGUAACAGGACUCAGUGCGGUGAUGGUGAUGAGGCCCACUGUAUCACCAAUGGCACUGACUCCUUCUGCUCCUGCAAACCGGGCUUCCAGAAGAUAGGCCACCACACCUGUGGAGAUAAAAAUGAAUGUUUGCAGUUUGGAAUCUGUUCCCAUAUCUGCAACAAUACCAAGGGCUCCUACAAGUGCAGCUGCCACAAGUACUUCACCAGGAUCCAUGACACCUGCAAGGCUGACAGCAUGAACAGCAGCCGACAGAUUCUUUUCAUAGCUGAUGACAAUGAAAUUCGAAGCCUGGAUCCUGGCAUGCCCAACUGGCGCUAUGAACAGACCUUCCAGGGUGAUGCUAGCGUGCGUAUAGACGCGAUGGACCUGCACAUCAAGACCAACCGCAUCUUCUGGACUAACUGGCACACAGGCCGUAUCUCCUCCUAUGAGCUGCCAGGGCCGUCCACUUCCUCCUCGGGUCCCUCUUCCAAUUCCCACCGCAAUCGGCGCCAGAGCGAGGGGAGAGUCAUUAACCUGCAGCUCCCAAAGCUGAAGAUGCCUCGUGGUAUCGCUGUGGACUGGGUGGCUGGGAACCUGUACUGGACCGAUUCUGGUCGUGAUGUUAUCGAGGUGGCUCAGAUGUCUGGACAGCACUGCAAGACCCUCAUCUCUGGCAUGAUUGAUGAGCCUUAUGCCAUUGUAGUGGAUCCUCAGAGAGGGACCAUGUACUGGGCAGACUGGGGGAACCACCCUAAAAUUGAGACUGCUGCCAUGGACGGCACUCUGAGACAGACUCUAGUCCAUGAGAACAUCCAGUGGCCCACAGGUUUAGCAGUGGAUUACUUCAACGAGCGUCUGUACUGGGCAGAUGCAAAACUCUCAGUCAUCGGUAGUGUCCGUCUGGAUGGCUCCGACCCUGUUGUUGCCGUCUCCAGUAUCAAAAACAGCCUUCUCCAUCCAUUCAGCAUUGAUAUCUUUGAGGACUACAUUUAUGGGGUCACGUAUAUCAAUAACUUUGUCUUCCGGGUCAACAAGUUUGGCAAGGGCCCCAUGGAAAAUCUGACUACAGGCAUCAACCAUGCCACAGACAUAGUCCUGUACCAUCGCUACAAGCAACCAGAAAUGACCAACCCAUGCGACAGAAAGAAGUGCGAGUGGCUGUGUUUACUCAGUCCAAGUGGUCCAGUCUGUACCUGUCCCAAUGACUUUGUGGCAGACAAUGGAACGUGCAUACAGAGACUUGCCCCGACACAGUCACCAUUCUCUCCCCCUUCAGGGCCUUGUACUAUCCAGUGUCAAAACGGCGGCAGCUGCUUCCUGAAUGCCCGCCAGCAGCCCAAAUGUCGCUGUCAGCCCAGCUACAGUGGAGACAGGUGUGAGAUUAACCACUGCAGGGACUACUGCAAGAAUGGAGGCACCUGCACUGCCUCUCAUACUGGAAACCCAACCUGUCGGUGUCUACCGGGCUUUACUGGGCCCAACUGCAACCUCCGAACCUGUCAGGACUACUGCCUGAACGGAGGCAAUUGCUCGGUCAGUGUAGGCAACCAGCCAACCUGUAGCUGUCUGUCAGAGUACCAGGGAGACCAGUGCCAGUACAUUAAAUGUGAAGGGUUCUGUCAGAAUGAUGGAACCUGCUUACAAACCGCCAAUGGUACCAAAGUGUGUCAGUGCCCGAACCAAUACCACGGACAACAGUGCGAGCUAGACAAAUGUCAGUACUGUGGACCUGGCAAGUGUUUGAUCUCGCCCCUAGGAGCGGUUUCAUGCAGCUGUCCCAAUGGUAAGACCCAGCCAAGCUGCUUCUCUUGUUUGGACUUCUGCACCAAUGGACAAUGUUCUAUUGACACUCGCUCCCUGCUGCCUCAGUGCAAGUGUCAAGUGGGAUGGGGAGGAUACAGAUGUGAUAUCACUGCUGCGCCUGUAGACUCUGCUAACUCUGGUGGAAGCACUGCCUCAAUCGCCAUCCCAGUGCUUCUGCUGUUAUUAUUGGCACUGCUGGUGGUUGGUGCCAUCUUGUGGUACAAACAGAGAAUGCGCGGUGCCAAGGGCUUCCAGCACCACAGGAUGACUAAUGGAGCCAUGAAUGUGGAGAUUGGGAACCCUGCCUAUAAGAUCUAUGAAGGAGAGCCUGACGAUGAUGCAGGGGAGCUCCUGGAUUCUGACUUUGCACUGGACCCAGACAAGCCCACUAACUUCACCAACCCGGUGUAUGCCACCCUGUACAUGGGCGCCCACAACAGCCGCAACUCUCUGGCCAGCACGGAUGAAAAGAAGGAGCUGCUCUCUCAGGGUGAUGAGGACAUGAGUGACCCACUGGCAUGAAGCCCGGCAAGGACUGAACUCUGCCAAUCUUGCCCUACCCUGCCCAGCCCAGCGCUGAGCCCACAAACUCAUCUUAUGCCUUUACCAAUCAAAAAGAAAAGCAACAAAAAAAAGCAAGAACACUGUAUAAAAUGUAUAAAAUGAAGGACUACUUUUUUUAUGUGAUUGCAGUAUUAUAUUUUGUUCUUUGACAAAAAAAAAAUCCUGGCAAGAAAAAGGAACCAUUUUAUAGACAUUUAUUCAGUUCUUCAUUUUAAUUUUGCUCACCUUCUCACGACUCUUCCUCCCCUCUCACCCAUAUAGCCACUACCUCUGUGCAAAUGUAAAAGAUAGAGUUACAAAUGGCAGUGGAACAAUUUUUAUUUUUAUUUUUGUAUGAAAUUGUAUAGGGAAAAAAAAAACCAACGUUGUUCCAUGCCAGAGAAUGUCGCCAAGCCCUUGUUGUUAGUGGAAGGUGUUGGAGAAGAGGAGGCGACGGGUGUCCGUGCUCACUUAUGAAUGCUUCCUAUAUGCUGGUUCGGUCAGUGUGUGUCACAUUACGUGUACGUGUAUGUGUAUGUUUGCUGCUGGAGGUCUGUAAGGAGACCGAGGCUGGGAGGCCUGAGGAGGAGUUGUUUAACUGCACAUGUACACAUGGAGGACUCAGCAUCCAGACAAUAUCUGUUCUGUUGUCUCAAAGAACCACAUUCAAGUGAUUGUCUUUUUCCUCCUUGCACAGACUAAAGUUAUAUAUAUUUGCAUAUAUAUAUAUAAACCUAUUAACAAAAGUGUCUUGAAAAUAUACCCAGGAAUACAAACAUCAGUAAUAGCAGUCUGUACUUGUUUUUAAUCUGUUUUUAGUCAAUGUAUAAUUGACAUGCUUGUUUGUCAGCAAUGAAUGACUCAGUGGCAGUGUGUGAGUGUGUUGGAUAAAAAUGAUUGUAAUAAACCCCACAUCCCAGGGUCGGGUCGACAUCCUGGGGUGUCUGUUUGUGGCUUUGGUUUACUGCAGGACACUCUGGAUGGAGCAGGACCUGUUCCGAAACUGUUCUCGAUAGCUUUUUUUUUUGGAGACUGACACAAAGUAAGCCUCUGUGAAUUCCUGGCCAUCACUGAAACCAUCUACGACAAAUAACUAGCUGAAAAUGAUUGCAUCUAGCUUUUUCUCGUCUUUUGUCUUUUGAUUGUAAAUGUAUUUUCAGGAAAGGCCAGGGAACCCGUUUGAUGGUACAUACUUCUGUGGGAAAUUGUGUGUGUGUGUGUGUGUUUUUUUUUGUUCCCCCCCCCCUCUUAUUUUAUGUAAUUACAUGCUCAUGUAAUUUGGGUUAAUGCUCAUUGUUAAACGCAUUCCUGAGAGGGAGAGCCGAUGAGCCGCCUGAUAAGCAUUCCUUUGUUAAUUCCUUCGCCUUGCUGCUAACGCUAGCCAUCUGUCUUCCUGUCGGACUCGUCCAUUCUCAGAGUCUCAGUCUCCGUCUCGCGCCGUGCUGCUUUUAACUGAGGUCAUCAGCCAUACCUGCCCUGUCACACUGCAUGGUAUUCCUGCACACACACACACACACACCUAGUCUCACCGAAACGCUUUGACUCUUUUUUGCCUCUCACCUUUUAUCAGUAGUUAUUAAAUUUGUAUUUUAAAAUCCCUGCGCUGUUAAGUUUUCAUUUGACCCCUGGGGAAUCACAACAGUCAUUUAAUAUGAUUUCAAGAUUUUAUUUUUUUUGUUGCCGCAAAAAAAACCCAACGAUGAAGUUUGUGGUUCUUUUAUUUUGUUUCGUUAUGAUUUUCUUUUCUCUUUGAUAUACGAAAUUAAAUGGAUUUUUAUAGUAGAAA